GGGUUUGUGCUGCCCCCCUCUGGAACUCUGGGCUUCAGCGAACUGGAGAGUGGGUGUUCUUUAAAUGUUGCACCCUAGGUGCUUCCGUUGCCCUGGUGGACACCAUGGUGUACCAUCCAGAUCUCCCCUCCAGAGUUUUCCUGAAUCUGGGCCAGGAGCACUAACAUUCCUUUAUCUACCAAUCAUUGGAUGUAGGUGGCCCAGGGAGCAGGUUGCUUCAGCAAAAUCAGCUCCUGAAAUACCCACUAUUGAUCAAGCAUAUUCAAAACUCAGCAACAGUAUCACUGUAGAAUGGGCUACAGUGCCGGGUGCCACCAGUUACCUCCUCACGGCUGAAGACGGGGACACAGUCAUUGAAACCAUGGUGGCCAAUUCCCCAGGCACUGUGACGGGACUAAAGGCUGCAACCUUGUAUGAAAUCACCAUCAGAUCCAUCAGCGCUGCUGGGAGAAGCCUGGCAUCACCUCCAAAGCAGGCAAAGACAGUGUUGGCUGCACCAAUUCUAGAAGUAAGCUCUCCAAGUUCAGACUCCAUUCUUGUGCAGUGGGAAGCUGUAUAUAUGGCAAUUGGAUUCUCCGUGUCCAUUAUGCGAGCCAAUGGCUUGGGGAGUAUAUGGAAAGAGAAUACUACAAACACCUCCUUGACAUUCACCAGUUUAGAAGCCGGGACUCUCUACACCAUAAAGGCCUAUGCAUGGAAUGCCAACAGAAUCCCUGGGGAUGACUCCACCUGCAAUCAGAGAACAAGUCCUCGGGCCCCUGCCAACAUUCAAGUCUCUUUCGAUAGUGGAGCUCUGAAGGCAUCUUUUUCAUGGGCACUGGCAGAAGGAGCUUUCAAUUAUACUGUAAUGGCUUUGAGUGACUCUUCAGAGCUGACCUGCAGUACAACUUUCAGUUCCUGCACCAUCUCUUCCCUCCAGUGUGGAACUGAAUACUUGAUUUCAGUUUUAGCAAGUAAUGAUGCUGGAUCUAGCAAAUCAUCUUCAGCAAUGACCCUGAAAACUGUUGCUUGUGCACCCGGAAGAGUGACGAUCCAAGAAGAUCCCCCUGGCCACCUGUCUGUGGCUUGGUCCAAUGUAGAUCUGGGUGACUACUAUGUGGUCUUUGUGAAGAGUGAUGAUGGCUUGGAAGUACACUGCAACACAUCUCUCACUCAGUGCAACUUCUUAUCUGAGUGUGGCUUCACUUAUUUUAUUAGUGUUUUUGCCUAUAACAAGGCAGGGCAAAGUCCUUUGGGUGACAUAUUCAAUUAUACCACAGCUCCCUGUUGUCCUAGUGACAUUAACCCCGUGUUGGUGUCCAGUGACAGAGUUGAGAUUGUCUGGUCUCCUGUCCGUGGUGCCGAACUGUAUGAAACCAAGGCUGUAGAUGGGUACAACGUGGUUGAGUGCAAUGACACUACUCCUGCGUGCACCCUUUCGGCUCUAGAGUGUGACACCAAGUACAACAUCACAGUGUAUUCAUUCAGUGAAGUCCGAGGCAGCAAUAUGUCAUGUACUCCCCAGUUCAUAACCACAGCUCCUUGCAGUCCUGAAAUAAAAAAUGUUUCAAGGGAUGCAUUCUCCAUGAUUAAUGUGCACUGGCGAUCCACUAAUGAUGACGCUACUUACACGGUGACUGCCCAAGGGGAGAAAGGACUGUAUCAGUGCAGCAGCACAGGAGAGUCCUGUACCAUGCGGGGCUUGCCCUGUGGCUCAGUGUUCUCUGUCACUGCUGUGGCCGAAACACAGGCAGGACGGAGCCUGCCCAGCUACAGUGUGCCCCUGGAAACAGUGCCAUGCUGUCCAACCGGUCUGACAGUAACUCAAAUCACCCAGUCAGUAAUCAACGUGAGCUGGACUAUUGGGAGAGUGGCUCAAACCCAUGUUGCAGUUCUGGAGUCACACACUGGACAGUCUAAGUGUCACACUCAUCAAAACCACUGCCUCCUAGGAUGCAUCACAUGUGGCAUCAAUUACACAGUGACAUUAAAAGCAAUUAGUGCCACCGGGUUGGCUGCGGAUUGCUCCUACCAAAGUUAUUUCUCUGGUGCCUGCUGCCCUUUGGGUGUGAAAUUAUAUAGGCUGGGCCCUAAUGGCAUCCGGAUCUACUGGCAAGCCUCCAGGGGCUCUGCCAAUUACAGCACUGACCUCUAUGGCUCCAAAGGCAUUUUCACGUGCACCCCGAGUGCUGGCCUCAGUUUCUGUGAUGUCACUGAGAUACCCUGUGGGGAUGUAUACACUGUGAUGGUCUCACCAGUUGCUGAAACAGGAUUGAAGCUUACUUUCUGUCCAAAAAAAAUAUAUUCAGUAACUUGCUCUGGAAGUACACUUGGAAUGGUGAUUUAUAGAGGGAAGAGAAAUGAAGAAUGACAAAGUGAGCCCCAGAUAAAAACAAAAACUUGACCAAAGUUGUCUCAUUUGUUAGUGAUUAGAGAUGGAAAAGAUCUACUAGAAUGUAGAAUAAAAAUGCCUCUAGGAUAGGAAAAGCUCCUUUGGCCUUUAGAAGAACAUCUCUGACUCUGCUUCCUGAGGGCAAGGUCAGGUAUGUCCUCACCUGCACAGCAGUUGGAGAUCUGCUAUGUGAGGACUCUGGAGAGAAAUGAAUCCAGAAAGUCCCCUGGACGGCUGCUAGCCUGAGUUGGCACACUGUGAGAACCCUGGAAACAAGAAAGAUCUGCUUAGCAGAAAUUCUGAGAUUUCACAUCCACACACACCACAGACUUCAACACAUCCACUUCAUGAGUGUUUUAUUGACAACAGCACUUGUCUGCAGCCCCCUCAGGGGCUGGAAAUGUUCACUCCCAGAAAGUCAAGCCACCCACAUGCAGACAGCACUUAUCCCAAGACAAACCUCCAGCAGGACUUCAGUAUAGGUUGGAAAGCAAUAGCUGCCAGGGCAACCUGAGAUAACAAACGCCCUCAUCGCAAGUUAGGAGCAAAGCUGAGCUGCUUGCAGGGUUCGCUGAGCCAAAGCAUCAGGUGGCGUGACAUCCAUGGGAGCAUCUGGGAAAGCAGAGCUGCCAGCCUGUUGCUAGAAGGGUUGCAGUUAUGCUUUCUGCAUGAGAGAAGAUGUCAAAUGGAGAGCCUCAAACUGUCGCCAACUGACAUACAUGCAUCUGUUGGGGGGAGGACCAUCCAUCCUAUUGGCCAUAUCCCCCACUCAUACUGUAAUUACUUUUUUCAUCUUUGGAGGGGGAAGGCAAUGAAAUAUAACAUAAAUCUCUCAUAUCUAAAAAAGUUUGUCCUUCAAAUAUCAGUAACCUAAUUUAAAACAUGUGAGUAGACUUGUGUAACACACACACACACUUGCACACACACAGUUACAGUGCUUGCUCCCCAAACACAUGGCUAUGGAGCCAAGCAUGUCUCUAGUUAGGAACAACCAUAAAACUCUGCCCAGGGGGAAUUGGACCAUGGAAUUAGGCUCGAACUAAGCAUGGAAGAAAGAACAAACUUCCAUUUCUGUUCUCUCAACUUCCUAUCAACGUGCGCUGCAAGAGAGAAGUGAUAUGCUUUCUCUAUGAGACUGAUCAGAGAUACGUAAUGGGUCACUAAUAAGAGAUCUUCCCCAGAACAUCUGUACAUGAACAGAGACAAGCCAAAG